CAUGAAUUUGAGUGGUAGAAUGAUGUAGAAAGAUGCUUGCGAAAUCAUUAGUACUGACUCAAGAGUGGUUAUUAGAAUAGUCUGACAGUGCCCACCCAUGUUUGUUGAUGGAAUGGAGAAUGAGCUGAAUCGUUAAGGAUAUUGUUUGCAACAGUUGAACUCUGUGUGACCGAUACGGUGAACUACCAUGGAUGAUAAGCCAUAUGCCAGGCAGCCAGGUGUUGCCGUGGCAACUGAUGAUGGACAGGCCCAGCAACUACAAGGAAGGGCACCAGCGGCCACAGUGCCAGGGUUGCCAGAGCAUUAUGCUCAGAUGACAACAUACCGAUCAUGUGCUGCCAUAUUGGCAGAUCCAGGCACAAAGGAUGAAAUUAAACUCAAGGCAGCCCAAGAAAUAAGUGAAAAUUUCGAGACUAUCCUGAUGCAUCCUGCUUACCAGUCAUUUCUUGACUAUACACUGAAGAUAUUUAUAAAAAUCCUUCAGGAAGGGGAAACACAUUUUAUAGCAGAGUACAGUAUUCAGCAAGUGCGGAAACUUAUAUUGGAAGUUAUACACAGGCUUCCAACAAAUGAAGUUUUGAGGCCAUAUGUGAAGUCUAUAAUCUCGUUGAUGAUGCGGCUUCUGGAGAUUGAAAAUGAAGAGAACGUUUUGGUGUGUUUGAGGAUAAUUAUUGAACUGCAUAAACAGUAUCGCCCUGUGUUUAAUGCAGAAAUUCAGAAUUUUUUACACUUCGUUAAAUCUAUAUAUCGAGAACUACCAAACCAUAUGCCAAAAAUUUUUGAACCUCGUGCUGCGAUAAGAGUUUCUGACAUAUCGGAAAUCAAUGUGGAGGCACUACUGAAGGAAACAUUUACAAUGACUGUCAUCCAGUGUGACAAGAAGUCAGAUGACAUGACUGUUACGUAUAAUUUAAUACCAAGAGCAGUUAUGUCCCUGAAAGUUCUCCAGGAACUACCAAUAAUAGUUGUGCUCAUGUAUCAGCUGUACAAGCAACAGGUUCAUCAAGAUGUGGCGGAUUUCAUUCCACUGAUAAUGACGACAAUAUCUCUGCAACCAACUCAACAACAGAGAAUGAGUCCUUCAUUUAAUAAAGAAGUUUUUGUGGAUUUCAUGGGAGCUCAAAUAAAAACACUAUCAUUUUUGGCAUAUAUUAUUAGAAUUUACCAAGAAGUUGUAGCCCAACAUGCAAGUCAGAUGGUGAAAGGAAUGCUUUCACUUCUUACUUUGUGUCCUAUGGAGGUUGCUAAUUUGCGAAAGGAACUGAUGAUAGCAGCACGUCAUAUCUUAGCAACAGACUUGAGAACUAAGUUUGUGCCUAUAAUGGAACGCCUCUUUGAUGAAAAUGUUCUCCUGGGUAAGGGCUUUACUACACACGAAACCCUGCGGCCUCUAGCAUACAGCACCUUGGCUGAUCUGGUGCACCAUGUACGGCAGCACCUGCCUUUCGCUGACCUGGAGCGUGCUGUGCAUCUCUUUUCACGUAAUGUCCAAGAUGAUUCACUGCCCACCAGUAUACAAACAAUGUCCUGUAAACUGUUACUCAACUUGGUUGACUGUAUAAGGCACCGCAGUGAAAUUGAAAGUGGAAGAGGAAGGGAGCUGCUGUUGAGAAUGCUGGAAACCUUCAUCAUCAAAUUCAAAAAUAUUUCAAAACACCAGUUGCCUACACUUCUAAAUAAAUGCCCCGCCGCCACUAAUGUUGCAGCCACAGCAGCAUCGGCAGGGACGGUGGUGGCAGGGGUGCCGACAGCUGCGGCGACGAAUGCCCCAUUCAUCCCACUGAUGAGCUCCAUACCCACGACUCCGGGCUCGGCAACACCUGGUGCGGCGUUACCCAGAGGGUUCGCCAAGGAGACUGCCACCCAGCAGUACUCUGCAGCGGCAGUGAGUGCGUCUGCCGCAAACACGUUCUCGGAGCUGACGAAGGCCCUUGCUAAUGCAGACGGGAAGCUACCAACAGAAAAGGAGGAAAAGAAGUUCGGGUUUCCUCAGACACAGGGCAGUAACUACACAGUAACAGACUGCCGUGCCCUUGUGAAAACUUUGGUGUGUGGUGCAAAGACGAUUACAUGGGGCUGUGCUGCUUGCAAGGUUCCAACCAUUGAAGGAUCAACACAAGGAAAACUAUUUCAUCCAAAAGAAACACUAAUGUUUAUACGUCUUGUUAAGUGGGGGAUGAAGGCUCUCGAUAUAUACACUCUUAGUGCAAACCCCAUGUUACCGGGCCUCAUUUUGCCUGCUGUUCAGAGGAAUGCUGCUAACCAAACUGUUCGCUCAAAAGAAGAAAAAGAAGUGUUGGAACAUUUCUCAGGAGUUUUCUCUAUGAUGAAUCCCCUAACAUUUAAUGAAGUGUUCUCAACGACAAUAGAAUUUGUAGUGGAUCGAAUCUACAAGAAUUCAGCACUACAAGUUGUGGCAAACUCUUUUCUUGCAAAUCCAACCACAUCACCUGUGUUUGCCACUGUUCUUCUUGAGUAUCUCUUGAAAAGAAUGGAAGAGAUGGGAAAUGGCAUGGAGAAGAGCAACUUGUACUUGAAACUUUUCAAGUUGGUGUUUGGUAGCGUUUCUUUGUUUCCAGAGGAGAACAAACACAUGCUCAGACCCCACCUGCAUAAGAUUGUUAACAGGUCAAUGGAAUUAGCGAUGACCGCGAAAGAGCCAUUUAACUAUUUCCUCCUGCUGCGUGCCCUGUUUAGAUCGAUUGGUGGUGGCAGUCAUGACUUACUGUAUCAAGAAUUUUUACCGCUCCUUCCCAACUUGUUACAAGGACUGAACAGCUUGCAGAGUGGUUUGCACAAACAACACAUGAAGGACCUGUUUGUGGAGCUGUGCCUCACAGUUCCUGUCAGACUGAGCUCCCUGUUGCCAUACCUGCCGAUGCUCAUGGAUCCGCUCGUAUCUGCUUUGAAUGGUUCUCACACUCUCAUUAGCCAGGGCCUAAGAACAUUGGACUUGUGUGUGGACAACUUGCAGCCUGAUUUCCUGUAUGAACAUAUACAGCCAGUACGUGCAGAGCUGAUGCAGGCACUGUGGAGGACACUUCGAAAUCCCUCAGAGCAAGUGGCACAUGUGGCAUUUAGAGUUCUUGGAAAAUUUGGAGGAGGAAACCGUAAGAUGAUGGUGGAGCCUCAGAAACUGACAUACAGCACAACUGACAGUCUCGGACCUGAGAUGGCAGUCUGCUUCCAGGAUCAUUCCAGGCAGAUAAACUUACCUGUGGAGAAGAUUAUAGAAACUGCAUUCACCGCCCUCAAGAGCAGCUCUACUGAUCCGUUCUAUAGGAGACAGAGCUGGGAAGUUGUCAAUUGCUACUUAAUUGCAUCCAUAAGCUUGGAGAAUGAUAGAAAAGAUAUGAAGAGGCUUUUCUCUCAUCCAAGCUUCACAGAGCAGAGUGUCAAGAUAAAUCCAAUACAAGGUGUCCCGUAUAAAUGCCCUGAUGCCAGAUCCAGGGCAACUCAUCAGACGGCUCUUACAGCAAUGUUGGUAGCUGCUGCAAUAAAGGAAUUACGCUCGCAUGUUCUGCAGACACUUUUGUUCGUGAUCAGUCACUACACGAUGGUUGCAAUAUCUCAGCAAGCAGGUCCAUUUUCAAUGUCCGCUAGACAGUCUGCUUUGGUCGGGAUGGAUCCUCUCGUGCUGAUUGAUGCCCUUGCGGUAAUAAUGGGACAUGAAGAGAAAGAACUGCUGAAACCUGGCAACCUAGCUUUGAUACUUAUCCUAGAAACAGCAACCAACAUUCUGGGCACAAAACAGCGAGCAUGCCGUUUGCCACUCAUGGAGUACCUGUCUGAGCGCAUGUGUGCACUCUGCUACGAUCGAGCAUGGUACGCAAAAGUGGGAGGCUGCGUCGCAAUAAAGUUCUUCUACGAACGUAUGGAUAUGCGCUGGAUAUUCGAACAUCUCUUUGUUUUCUUAAAAGCACUUCUGUUUGUUAUGAUGGACCUCACAGGGGAGGUGUCCAAUGGUGCUGUCGAUUUGGCAAAGAACAACUUGGAGAAAAUGCUGACUUUGGCUGCAGCACCGAUUGAAAGAGAUGGAAAUAAUGAAGACCUGCUAAAUGCACAGAGUAAGAGUCUGUUUGACGUGACACAUGAACUGGUGCGACAGGUCACAAGGCCAAACACGCUUAUAAGGGAGCAGACUAUGCAUUCGUUGGAGGUACUGGCUAAAAUACAGAACAAGACGGUCACAGAAGUGAUGGAACCGCACAAGGAGGUUCUUGAAGACAUGAUACCUCCCAAAAAGCACUUGUUGCGUCACCAACCAGCCAACGCACAGAUUGGGCUGAUGGAUGGAAACACCUUCUGCACGACAAUGGAGCCUCGUCUGUUUACAAUAGAUCUUAAUGUCACAGAACAUAAAGUGUUUUUCCACGAGUUGAUAUCAUUGUGUGAAGCAGAUGAUGCUGUUCUGGCCAAGUUGCCAUGUUACAAGAACAUUCACCCACUGACCGCUCUGCGCAAGUCUGCAUUGCAGGCACUUGCUGCGUGUCACUACAUACCGAGCAUGAGAGAGAAAAUAUUUACAGUACUCUACAAGGCUAUGGAAAAGCCAUGUCCAGAGCUCCAGGAGGCUGCUUUUGAAUGUACAAAAAAGUUUCUAGCAGGAUUUGCUGUGGAUGCUGAGAGUGUACAAAAUGUUGUAAAACCAGUACUGGAUGCUUUGGGAGACUAUCGCAUUUUGAACCUUAAUGCGACCAAGAGACUUUCGUACUUAAUACAGUUAUUUCCUGCAUGUGUGGAUACAAAAUUUUGCGACCAAAUGCUUCAACAUAUAAAAAAAUUGCUGGACCUCAUCAUUACUGCACAAAAGGGUGUAACAAAGACUACAGAACAUGAGCAAAAGAUAACAACAAUAAUUAAUAUUUUUCACCAGGUCCCUUCAGUUAUUUCAAAGUACAUCGAACCUCUCUGUCGAUUGACUUUACAUACAGAAAAAACUUUAAAUAUUGAAGCAAGUUCGCCAUUUCGUGAGCCUCUUAUGAAGUUUCUGUUAAGAUACCCACAGGAAACAAUUGACAUGUUCUUGAAAGAAUGUUACCUGAAGGAUCCACAGUGGAAUAGAUUUCUCGAACACAUUGUGAAAUCUGAGGAGGGUAAACCACUGCGAGAUGUCUUCCAGAGUCCACCAGGUGUAGCAAAAUUGUCUGCACUCAUCCUGUCACAGAAUGUAAAUCCAAGUGACAAGGCAGAUGUUCAGUAUAUUGGAAUAAUGCUGUUAGCAGCUAUAAUAAAAUUUGAUAGACAAUGGUUGUCUACACAGCAAAUGCUUAUUAACUCCCUCAAGAAGGUGUGGAUGGAUGACAAUUACCUGGAACUCCACAAGAAAGUAGAAGGAGUAGAUGCAAGACACUGGCGUGAACCAAAACUUAUAGUCAAGAUACUGCUUCAUUAUUUCUGCCAUCACCCUAAUGAUGUUGACUUACUAUUCCAACUCCUUCGUGCAUUUUGCUACCAUGUAAUCCCAGACUUCCAGUUUUUGAGGAAUUUCCUGGAAACAACAGUUGCAGAGAACUAUACGGUUGAAUGGAAAAGGACAGCAUUUUUCCGUUUUGUGGAUGUCUUUCACAGCCCAAAGAUGUCACAAGACCUGAAAGCGAAGGUUCUGCAGAUGAUACUUAUACCGUGCUUUGCUGAAAGUUUUGAACGUGGGGAAGGAGAAAAGAUAAUUGGUACUCCACCCCUUCCAGAUCAAGAGAAUCCUGAAAAUGUUGUUUCCGUUUUUGUAAGCAAGAUCAUAGAUCCUGAUAACCCAUUUGGGAAUUCGGACUCCGUGCGCAUAUUCCUUCUACAGUUUGCAUGCUUGCUUGUGGAUCAGGCAGCUCCUCAUAUUCAUGACGCACAAAACAAACGACAAGGUCUCAAGGUGCGCCGGCUCCUGAUGUUUGCAUGGCCAUGCCUCAUGGGGAAGAAUUGUGUCGACCAGGCUACACGCUACCAUGGGCACCUUCUGUUAUCACAUAUAAUAGCAAAGUUUGCUAUCCAUAAAAGAAUUAAGUUGCAAGUAUUUCACAGCCUACUGAAAGCACACGCAAUUGAGGCACGGGCUAUUGUUCGGCAGGCAUUAGAAAUCCUCACUCCUUUAAUGCCGGUGCGAAUGGAAGAUGGCUACACAAUGCUGACGCACUGGACUAAAAAAAUUAUCGUGGAAGAGGGGCAUUCAAUGCAACAGCUGUUUCAUAUAUUACAGCUGGUUGUGAGGCACUACAAGGUCUAUUACCCAGUUCGCCAUCACCUGGUGCAGCACAUGGUGAAUGCCAUGCAGCGCCUUGGCUUCAGUCCUAAUUCAUCCAUAGAGCACAGGAGACUCGCCGUAGAAUUGGCUGAUGUUAUCAUCAAGUGGGACCUCCAGCGUAUCAAAGAUGAAGCUGAAUCCACAUCUAUGACUGAACAGUCUGUUACGCUCGGUACUCCAGUAAAACGAACACCUGUCGAUGACCCUGGAAUGAACCUGGAAAAUCCUCGGAAAAGGCAUGCCACAAUGCCCGGUCCGUGCAUGAUGCCUGCCUUGGUCACCAAAGUGGAGCCAGACUCCACUACACCAAUUGAUACGGUCCAUGCCGAUGCCGUGCUCAACUUCUUGUUGCGGCUAGCGUGUCAGGUGAAUGACACGAGCUCAGCUCUGGGCUCCCCUGGAGAGCUGCUGUCACGUCGAUGUGUAGCCCUCUUGAAGACAGCACUCAAGCCCGAGGUGUGGCCCCGUGCCAAUGACCUGAAGAUUGGCUGGCUUGACAAAAUCUUCUUGAGUGUGGAGUCGGCGACUCCCAACUAUGGCAACAUCUGCACUGCCCUCGAUCUUCUUGCUUACCUGGUGACACUUAUGAAGAAGGAGAGAAUUCUGGCAAACAUCAAACCGCUGCAGCGAGGUCUCGCGGCUUGUGUGACAAGCUCCAAUACCAAGGUAAUUAGACUGACUCACAGUCUCAUGACACGACUCAUGAGCUAUUUCCCCACUGAGUCGACUACAGCAACUGUUGCUUCCAAAUAUGAGGAGCUGGAAUGUCUAUACUCUAGUCUUGGAAAGUUUGUUUGCGAAGGGCUGUCUCAGUACGAGAAGCAGGCCAGUGCCAGCCCAACAAUGCUUUAUGGCCCUCUCAUGAUGCUCAAAUCUGCAUGCAUCAACAACCAGACCUAUAUCGACCGGCUGAUCACACCAUUCAUGCGAGUGCUACAGAAAUUAACAAGGGAGCAUCUGAGUCCGAGUAUUCAAGAGCAGAAUGCAGCUAGCACAGGAAGUGAUCUGCUGAUUCUCAGUUUAGACAUGGUAAAGAACCGUGUAGUUGUGAUGGGUGCUGAUAUGCGAAAGACGUUCAUUGGAACAAUACUGGUUGGUCUGAUUGAAAAAUCACCAGAUAUUAAAGUUAUGAAGGCUAUAACUAAGAUGCUAGAGGACUGGAUGAAGAACAAGAACCCUAUUGCUAUUAAUCAGACUCCAACACUGAGAGAAAAAUCCAUACUCCUGGUUAAAAUGAUGCACUAUGUUGAAAAAAGGUUUCCUGAUGAAUUAGAACUGAAUGCCCAGUUCCUUGAUAUUGUUAAUUUUGUGUACAGAGAUGAAAAUCUGAAGCAAUCUGAACUGGGAACAAAGUUAGAGCCUGCAUUCCUGGCAGGUUUAAGAUGUGUCCAGCCUCCAAUCAGAGCUAAAUUUUUUGAGGUAUUUGAUGCAAGUAUGAAACGAAAAUUGCAUGACCGUCUGUUAUACAUCAUGAUUUCUCAGAACUGGGAGCCUAUGGGACCACAUUACUGGAUAAAACAGUGUAUAGAACUCCUAGUCAUGACUGCAAAUCCAGGUGAAACUGUACGACUCAGUGAUGAAAGCCUGAGGUUGCCUCCCAUUACAUAUGUCUUAAGCCAAGCAGAUAGCACUGACAAAGCCAAUUAUUUCAUGUACUUACAAGGUAUAAGGGACGACAUGGAUGAAAUGGAUUCUGAUAAAGAGGGUGAAAUUGACCUGGAUGGUAUAGUAUCAGGUGUCGAAGCAAAGGAUGGUGAGGAAGCGAGGAACAACCGAAAGAUGUCUCUGCGACAGAUGUUGAUACGGCAGAGCAAAUUCAUGGAAUCUGUUCGGAAUACGUACACGAGCCAUUUCCUGGUUGCAAUGGCGCAGCUGUGUCAUAUGGACACUGGUUUGGCUGAGAGUGUGUGGCUGGAUUUCUUCCCUCGAGUAUGGAGAGUACUAAGCGACAGGCAGCAGUCAGCUCUAAUCACAGACUUAGUGCCUUUCCUCGCCAGUGGUGCACAUGUUAUCCAAAAGGACUGCCAUCCAAGUGCACUGAAUUCUUUCACAGAAGGCCUCACAAGAUGCAUUGACAACUUACCUUUAAAGCCUUCUCUUAUGAAAUACAUAGGUAAAAGUCAUAACCUGUGGCACAGAAUAUCACUAAUACUUGAAAAAAUGAUCGCUGAAGGUAAUUUGAGCCUCCUGCAGAAAAAUAAGAGAGACAUCGGUGACUGCUACGAAUUUGAACCCAGUGCUCCUGUGCAUCAAUGGCAAGAAGUUCUUGAUGCUCUUUCUGACAUGUACUCAAUGUUGAGUGAGGAGGACAUGUGGGCUGGCCUGUGGCAGAAACAUGCUCGCUACCGCGAGACGAAUAUUGCCAUCAUGUAUGAGCAGCAAGGCUUCUUUGAACACGCUCAGGGAGCUUACGAAGUCGCAAUGAGUAAAGUUCGCAGCGACUUUUCUGGCGCAACUACACCAGGUGUUGUGCAGACGGAGAUGAAGCUGUGGGAGGACCAUUGGAUUCGGUGUUCAAAGGAACUGAAUCAGUGGGACAUACUUCUAGAGUAUGCAAAUGACAAAAGUGCUUGCAAUCCUCUACUGCUGCUGGAAACAUCAUGGCGAGUUCCCAAUUGGAAUACAACAAAGGAAGCUUUAACAAGGCUGGAGCAAAGCUGCCCCAAAGACGUAGCUUGGAAGCUUCACCUGUUUCGAGGAUACAUUACUGUUUGUCAUCCUGAUGAGAACCAUUUAAAUGUUGUUGAUCGAUAUGUGGAGAUUGCCUCAACGCUAUGCAUGCGCGAAUGGCGACGGCUUCCCAGUAUUGUCUCUCACGUGCAUUUACCGCUGCUACAGGCCGCUCAGCAGAUAAUAGAACUGCAGGAGGCAGCUCAGAUACAUCAAAGUUUGUUGCAUGCAUGUGCCACAUCAGUGCACGAUACCAUACACGAUUCUCUGAGAGACAUGAAGGCUACAGUGAAGACGUGGCGGAAUAGGCUUCCCGUAAUUGCUGAUGAUCUGAGCCACUGGAGUGAUAUUUUCACUUGGAGACAGCACCACUAUUCUUUUAUUUCUGCACACUGUGAUUCGCAACAUGAACAGACGAGUAAUCAUGGCAUGCUCGGUGUUCACGCGUCUGCACAGGCAAUCCUACACUUUGGCAAAAUUGCCAGGAAACAAAAUUUGACAAGUGUUGCAUUGGGACUUAUUUAUACCGUCCCAAGUUUGUUAAUAGUGGAUUGCUUCCAGAAAUUACGCCAGCAAAUUAAGUGUUACGUGCAGUUAUCAACAGUUGCUGGAAGACCUGAACUAAAAGAGGCUCUUGAUCUCAUAGAGUCCACAAAUUUGAAAUAUUUCACAAGAGAAAUGACUGCAGAACUUUACUCAUUAAAAGGCAUGCUGCUAUCGCAGCUAGGACGUUCGGACGAGGCCAACAAAGCAUUCUCGGCAGCUGUGCAGCUUCACGACACGCUGUUGAAGGCGUGGGCCAACUGGGGGGACUACCUGGAGCAGGUGUUCACACAGGAGCCCACCAAUCUGCAGAUUGGGCAUGCCACCAUCACCUGCUUCCUGCACGCCUGCCGGCACCAGAACGAGCACAAGUCACGCAAGUACAUCGCCAAGGUUUUGUGGCUGUUGACGUUUGAUGAUGAGCGCCUCGGAUUGGCGGAAGCAAUGGAUAAAUAUUCCAUUGGUAUUCCUCCACUGAUGUGGCUCCCAUGGGUUCCACAGCUGCUCGGCUGUAUUCUCCGUAUUGAAGGCAAGCUCGUGCUGAAUCUUAUCAGCCAGAUUGGUCGAAUGUUCCCUCAGGCAGUUUAUUUCCCCAUAAGGACAUUGUACCUUACACUGAAAAUAGAACAGAGAGAACGAAAUAAAAAUGUCGAAAUGGUACCUGUGACUAAACAGGCUUCCACCUCUGAUACUGGUAAUACUGCUGUGGGCAGCCCAACACCAGGUGUUGCAGCUGACGGUCAGCAGGUGGCGUCAGAGGCUGGCCCUAUAAGGGCGACGCCACCCAUGUGGCGCUGCUCCCGCGUGAUGCAUAUGCUCCGUGACAUCCACCCCACCGUCCUGUCAUCGCUAGAAGGCAUUGUCGACCAGAUGGUCUGGUUCCGAGAGAAUUGGUAUGAAGAAGUCCUCAGGCAGCUACGUCUCGGGUUAGCAAAGUGCCUUGCUAUUGCUUUUGAAAACAGUGCUAAUGUGGAAGAAGCAACUAUUACGCCACAUACACUGAAUUUCAUUAAGAAACUUGUUUCCACGUUUGGUAUUGGAAUUGACUUGAAGGCAGAGCGGCAGUCGAACUCGGCUUCAUCGUCAUCGUUCGUGAGCACAGCCUCGGAGAGCUUGGCCAGCCGCGCACGGGCAACGGCCCAGGACCCGGUCUUCCAGAUGAUGAAGGUGCAGUUCACAACUGACUUUGACUUCAGCCAGCCAGACUCCAUGAAGCUGCAGAACCUCAUCCAGAAGCUGCGCAAGUGGAUCACUAUUCUCGAAGCUAAAGUGAAAACCCUACCCAAGUCAUUCCUGAUUGAAGAGAAAUGCAGGUUCCUCAGUAAUUUCAGCAUCCAUACAGCUGAAGUUGAAUUGCCUGGGGAAUUUCUGCUACCAAAGCACACUCAUUACUAUGUGCGGAUCUCACGAUUCAUGCCACGGGUGGAUGUCGUGCAGAAGCACAAUACUGCUGCCCGUCGCCUGUAUAUCCGUGGGCACAAUGGGAAGAUCUACCCAUACCUUGUUGUGAAUGAUUCAAGUCUUGGUGAUUCGAGGAGGGAAGAGAGAGUGCUGCAGUUGUUGCGUUUCCUCAAUCAUUAUCUGUCCAAACAGAAGGAAACAGCUAGAAGAUUUCUGCAUUUCACAGUGCCUCGUGUUGUUGCUGUUGCUCCUCAAAUGAGACUAGUUGAGGACAACCCUUCAUCAAUAUCUCUACUGGAUAUCUUCAGGGAAAGCUGUGCGAAGAACAAGAUUGACUUUUUAGACCCUGUUUCUAAUUAUUAUGAUCAGCUUAGCACAGUACAGGCAAGGGGAUCUCAGCCCAGUGUCCAGGUCCUGCGGGAAAUCCUCCAGGAUACACAAAAGAGUAUGGUGCCUCGAACCCUGUUGAGUGACUGGGCACUAAGGACCUUCACAACACCUACAGAUUACUGGCAGUUCCGGAAAAUGUUCACAUUGCAGCUGUCACUGGCCUGCUUCUGUGAGUACGUGCUACAUCUCACGAGGCUGAACCCCGACAUGAUGUACAUCCACCAGAACUCCGGCCUGAUGAACAUUGCGUACUUUAAGUUCGACGUGGAUGAUAUGACAGGAGAACUCGAUUCGAACAGGCCUGUUCCUUUCCGGCUGACACCCAACAUUGUAGAACUGCUGACGAUGAUUGGCAUUAAUGGACCCUUUACCGCAAGCAUUAUAGCGACAGCACGGUGUCUUGCACAACCGGCCUUCAAGUUACCCACCUACCUGAGGGCAAUUCUUAGGGAUGAAAUGGCAGCAAGCUAUAGGAAGAAACAAGACGAUACCAAACAAGAAAUUUUACCAAACUCUGUACCUGAGGAAGUGAAGGGUGAUACAUUGAUCGUCAUGGUGAAUCGUGCAGUCGCAGCAAUUAUGUCGAGGGUUAAUUGCCUUGCUAACUUCGAUGGUAUAGAAAGCAAGGCAAGUAGCUUGGUCAAUACUGCGAUGGACUACAAUAACCUUUGUCGUACAGACCCUGCAUGGCAUCCAUGGCUUUAAUGUAAUAUAUGUGUGACGAGAGAUUAGUUUUUGUAAAACUGUAAUUUUUUGUAAUAAAUUAUUUGUAAUAGA